CGCGACGGGCGUUUUCCCGACUUCCCGUGGUGGCGGUUCUCUCUCUUUCGAUUUUUAGCUCUGAAGCUACUGCUUAGCUUAGAGCUCUCUCAGAGAGGGAGGGAGGGAGGGAGAGAGAGAGAGAGAGAGAGAGGUUUGCCGAGGCGGUUUUCAGGUGCAAGAAGCGGUUUCUCGCCUCCAGCAGCCGGUUUUCGGAUUAAGUUGCCGACAUGGUGAGGAAGAGAAGAACCAAACUUCCGGGUUCUGGGGAGAGCUCACAAUCUGCUGAGUCUACCAGCAGUGGUGGGCGAGGUGGGCGAGGUGGGCGCCAGCAUCCAGCUGAAAGGGCUCUAACUCAGCAGCAACAAGGAGAAGGACAGGUUUGGGAUCCAGCACCUCAGCAGCCCGUGCAAGGAGGUCGUGGCAGAGGAUACCAUCAGGGACGAGAUGGUGGCGCACAGCCUCGUGGUGGAAUGGCACCGCAGCAGCAAGGCACCCCGGCAUCUGGAUACCAGGGCCGUGGUGGGCCAUUUCCUAGAGGUGGCAUGCCACCUCAGCAGCAUUAUGGUGGGCGCAGGGGAGGUGGAAGUAUGGCUGGUGGACGUGGGGUUGGCACUUUUGCAGGUCCAUCAAGAUCACCAGCACCCGAGCUGCACCAAGCAAUGCAAGCUCCAUAUCAAGCUGCCCAGGCAUCCUCAUCGCAGGCGAGUUCAUCAAGGCAGCCGGAUAUGUCCGCUGCUCAGUUGACUCAACAGUUCCAACAGCUCUCUGUUCAGGGUGAAGCUGCACCUAGUCAGGCAAUUCAACCUGUAGUUUCACCGGCAUCAUCAAGCAAGUCUCUGAGGUUUCCACUGCGCCCUGGGAAAGGUAGCUUUGGUGACAAAUGCGUCGUAAAGGCGAAUCAUUUCUUUGCUGAGCUACCUGACAAGGAUCUUCAUCAGUAUGAUGUCUCGAUCAAGCCAGAAGUUACCUCGCGUGGUGUGAACCGUGCUGUGAUGGAACAGCUAGUUAGACUCUACAAGGAGUCUUAUUUAGGAGGCCGCCUUCCAGCCUAUGAUGGCAGGAAGAGCCUUUACACAGCUGGUCCACUGCCAUUUACCUUGAGAGAGUUUCAAAUUCCUUUACUAGAUGAGGAUGAUGGAUCAGGCACUGAAAGGCGACAGAGGAUGUUUAAUGUGGUUAUCAAAUUAGCUGCACGUGCAGAUCUUCACCACCUCGAAUUGUUUUUAGCUGGGAGGCAAGCAGAUGCUCCCCAAGAAGCUCUUCAAGUGCUCGAUAUUGUGCUGCGUGAGUUGCCUACUGCCAGGUAUUCACCUAUUGGUCGGUCAUUUUAUUCACCUGAUUUAGGGAGAAGGCAACCACUUGGUGAAGGAUUGGAGAGCUGGCGUGGUUUUUACCAGAGCAUUCGCCCUACUCAAAUGGGCUUGUCACUAAAUAUUGAUAUGUCAUCUACUGCAUUCAUUGAACCACUGCCUGUCAUUGACUUCAUCACCCAGCUUUUAAAUAGGGAUGUUCAAGUGAGACCACUGUCUGAUGCUGACCGUGUAAAGAUCAAGAAGGCUUUGAGAGGAGUGAAGGUUGAGGUCACGCAUCGGGGAAAUAUGCGCAGAAAAUAUCGCAUAUCUGGUUUAACAUCACAGGCAACUAGAGAACUAACCUUCCCAGUAGAUGACAGAGGUACUGUGAAGUCUGUUGUGCAGUAUUUUCAAGAGACAUAUGGUUUUACUAUCCAACACACCAAUUUGCCUUGCUUGCAAGUCGGUAACCAGCAGAGGCCAAACUAUCUGCCCAUGGAGGUUUGUAAGAUAGUGGAAGGUCAGAGAUAUUCAAAGAGGUUGAAUGAGAGGCAAAUAACUGCUCUUUUGAGGGUUACAUGUCAACGUCCUCGUGAGCGCGAGCUUGAUAUUAUGCAGACGGUUCGUCACAAUGCUUACCAUGAAGACCCUUAUGCAAAAGAAUUUGGCAUCAAGAUCAGUGAGAAACUUGCAUCAGUUGAAGCACGGGUUUUACCUGCCCCCUGGCUUAAAUACCAUGACACUGGUAAAGAGAAAAAUUGCUUGCCAAGAAUUGGCCAGUGGAAUAUGAUGAAUAAGAAAAUGGUGAAUGGUGGGAGAGUGCAAAAUUGGAUGUGUAUCAAUUUUGCUCGUAAUGUGCAAGAAAGUGUUGCUCGUGGAUUUUGUCAUGAGCUUGCUCAGAUGUGCCAGAUAUCUGGGAUGGAUUUUUCUAUAGAACCUGUGCUUCCUCCAUUAGGUGCACGGCCUGAUCAAGUGGAAAGAGCUCUAAAAGCACGCUAUCAUGAUGCAAUGAGCAUCCUCCAGCCACGGCAUAGAGAACUUGAUCUGCUCAUUGUAAUAUUGCCCGACAAUAAUGGUUCUCUAUAUGGUGAUCUAAAGCGAAUAUGUGAGACUGAGCUUGGAUUAGUGUCUCAAUGUUGUUUGACCAAGCAUGUUUUCAGGAUGAGUAAACAGUACCUGGCAAAUGUUGCUCUCAAGAUAAAUGUAAAGGUUGGGGGUAGGAACACAGUCCUUAUGGAUGCCUUGACAAGGCGGAUACCUCUGGUUAGUGACAGCCCUACGAUUAUAUUUGGUGCUGAUGUGACCCAUCCUCAUCCUGGGGAGGACUCCAGCCCCUCUAUUGCAGCUGUUGUAGCUUCUCAAGAUUGGCCGGAAGUAACAAAGUAUGCUGGAUUAGUUUCUGCUCAGGCCCAUCGUCAAGAGUUGAUUCAAGAUUUGUUUAAAGUCUGGCAAGAUCCUCAACGUGGAACUAUCACUGGUGGCAUGAUAAAGGAGCUUCUUAUUUCCUUUAAGAAGGCUACUGGGCAAAAGCCGCAGCAAAUUAUAUUUUACAGGGAUGGAGUUAGUGAAGGGCAAUUUUAUCAAGUUUUACUGCAUGAGCUUGACGCCAUUCGGAAGGCAUGUGCCUCUCUAGAACCGAACUAUCAGCCCCCAGUAACUUUUGUGGUGGUCCAAAAACGCCACCACACGAGGCUGUUCGCAAAUAACCAUCAUGAUCACCAAUCAGUUGAUAGGAGUGGAAAUAUACUACCUGGUACUGUUGUUGAUUCUAAGAUCUGCCACCCAACUGAAUUUGAUUUUUACUUAUGCAGUCAUGCUGGCAUCCAAGGUACAAGCCGCCCUGCUCAUUAUCAUGUCUUGUGGGAUGAAAACAAAUUCACUGCCGAUGCUUUGCAAACUCUCACGAACAACCUUUGCUACACCUAUGCAAGGUGCACUCGCUCUGUAUCUAUUGUGCCGCCUGCAUACUAUGCUCAUCUGGCUGCCUUCCGAGCCCGCUUUUAUAUGGAACCAGAGACAUCAGAUAGUGGCUCUCUGGCAAGUGGAGCUGCAGCUGGUCGUGGGCCACGCGGUACUCGAGUCCCUGGUAGUGCAGCUGUUAGACCUCUUCCCUCGCUAAAAGAAAAUGUCAAGAGGGUUAUGUUUUAUUGCUGAGCCAUGUAGAACACCAGGCGCCUGCUGUUCCUGCUUAAUUAAAGUUGACCGGUACCCUUCUUGUUGAAAUUUAUGGUCAUUCUUGUGAGAUGCAACUUGGUGUUGUAAUGCUUAAUGCAUGGUUAAGAUUCUUGUUGAAUUUUUCGGUGACUUAGUUACAUUGAUGCCUAUCGCAUAUUUGAGAAUCUGUUAUGGAAAUAGCAGCAUUAAAUAUGUUCUUGA